CCCGUGUCUCCAUUCUCUCGCAAAUCAGCUGGCGGGAUAAUAGAGCAGUUUGCAGUAUUUGCUGUCGAUUGACGAGACCGUGUACCAGCUUCAGUAGUCUGUCUUACGCAUACAAAGAACUUGAUUACGCUGUUUCAUCAAAAACAUGACAGGCCAUAUGUCUGUUACGUCCAGGACUUCUCAAGCGACCCUUGUAAGGUAAGCCACGAUUGCGUUGACCUGUGCAGUUUGGCUGGCCUGAAUGCCUGGAUGGUUUAAAUGGACUGAGCAUUCGUUUAAAACAUGGAUCUUGACUUACUCUGUAAAAAUAAUUCGCAGAUGAUCAAUAUUCCAAAAGUUUUCCUUCUUUUAUUCACUUCCGGAUCGAUGAUGUUGAUUUUAAUCCAUUGGAGAUUCGAUUCGGCUGUUCGAUUACAUCGAUUUACUGACAAACGCUUACACCCGCACGCUCACACCUUGCAAAUGCAUUUAGACAGUUGAUGUUUCAUGAAGGCAGUGAAAAUUUAAACAUGAUCGCUUGAAGUGAAAAGUUCGACUGAAACAGGUUUCAAGGCCUUCCCCAUGGAAUCAAUUAUUUCCGGUUUCGCUUUCCUGCUUCCACGCUAACACCCGCACGCUUACAUCUUUCACGUGCAUCUAGGCAGUCAAUGUUUCAUGAAGGCAGUAAAAAUUUAAACAUGAUCGCUUGAAACGAAAGGUUCGACUGAAACAGUUUUCGAGGCCUUCCCCAUGGAAUCAAUUAUCAAUCCGGUUUUGCGUUCCUGAUUACACGCUGUAGUGUAAACACUACCGCGUGACAGAUUCAAUUUUUUAACAGCUGUAUUGGUUCCCGAUCCCGUUAUUCUUUUUCCCGGGAACAAGGACAAAUUUUGAGAUCUCAUCAGGACUUCAAAUUCAAUUAUAAGCUUCUUCAAAGUUGUCAAUAUUACCAAAAAGUUCAGUUGCGGUGGAAAAAGUAGGUGCGCUGUGCGCGUUUACUCAGCUGUAGCUAUGUAGCGUAUAGCAAUACAAAUGUAAUUGUCUUGGAAACAAAAAUGUGAAAGUGCAACACGUAUUCCAGUAGUAGCCCUUUUCACUUAAUCAGUUUACAGGCUAUAUGAAAAUGAACGACAAACCGAAAGAACAAAAAUAAUUAAUGAAUACAAAAAAAAGGAUAUCAAAUCAAAAUGAAAUAUGAUUCCCCAGAUAACUUUCUCAAGUCAUUUCUAUAUUUAGUACACAUCAGGAUAUGGUCAAACUGUAGUGGUUACCAUUAAUCUUAAGUGUAAAAUACUGUUACUUUCAUGAAUGAAAAGGAAAAAAGGAAACAAAGUUAAAAAAUUCAAGGUUAGGAAAGAAGUGGUGAUUAAAAAAAAAAGGAAAAACUUGAAAGGUCCUUACACAGGUAAAGCUGUACUUAUGUGAUAUGUUUACAUUUUUCUUUACCAUAACCAGACCCUCAGCUUGGCAGCAGUUUACAGAUUUUGCAAAUGUUCUGAAGGCUUUUAUCGGAACAAGCUAUUUGGCAUUACCAUUUGCUUUUUAUAAGAGUGGAUUAGUGGUGAGUUAAUUUAAUGUCUUUUAACCUUUUAACUCCCAAGAUUUCAUUAGUAAUUCUCCUUACAGUCUGCCACACAAUUUAUGUGAUGUUAGUUUGGAGAAUUAAAGAUUGGAUCAACCAAUAAUCCCAUAAUUGAAAAUUUUCUUUAUUCUCAUUACUCAUCUGCUUGAUAUCAUACAGAUGAUGUGAGGAGAAAUUCUGUCUAGGUCACAAGUGGGACUUAAAGGGUUAACCCUUUACACUCUUACAUCAGUAAAUGUGCAAAUUUUCCAUACAUUUCCUUAGGUGUUGACAGAGAUAAUUUGUUUAACAGUCAAUAGAGAUAAUUUACAGUAUUUUUGGGACCUCAAUGUGUAAUUCAGGGUGAUAUUCUAAGGAGAAAUUAGAUGUUAGUCACUUUUUGGGUGAAAGGUUACAAUAAGUUCUAUUUGCUGCAAUCAAAGGCUGAAGUGAGAACCAUCAGCUUUUUAAAAUUCACUGCAUUAGCAGUUUACAUAAUUUAAUCAACUUAAAAACUGGUAACAAAUUUUUUCACCUGCUAAGAAACUACAUGUAAUAACCUAGGAAUUCUGUCUACUACAUUUUAUAUGGGCAAGGUUGAGUUGACAUGUUGAAGGACUUAGCCCAGUUUUAUGGUGAGAAACAACUACACAGGGCUAAUGAAGUCUUAAUUGUUACAUGUUGGAAUUCUAAUUUCUUUGCAAUGUUGUUAAAUUACAGCUUGGAGCUGUUGGACUAGUAAUCAUUGCCUUAAUAACAGACCAUUGCUGUCAACUUAUAAUUAAAUGCAAAAAUGCUGCUGUGGAUAUGAUUCUUAACUCAACUCCAAGAUACCAAGAACUCCGAACAGAAGCUUUGUAUGACGAGAUGGAAAAAGUCAAGGAGACUAUUGAAAAGGAAAUGACACUUGGUGACAUUGGAAAAAUCGCAGUUGGACCAUGGGGAUUGAGACUUGUCAACACAGCAUUAAUAAUCACACAGUUAGGGUUCUGCGUUGCUUAUUUCAUCUUUAUUGGAAAUACCAUAGGAGAAAUGUUUCCUCUCAAAUACAAAUCUGAGACUGUGAUCCCAGUUGUAAAUGCAACAUUGUCUGAACCAACUAGUGCUACAAGAAUGACCCACUACUCAACGAUAUGGAUGAACUCCUCUUCAAUGAUACCUCCACUCCAUAGCACUAAGACAGCACCUAAAUUCUCCCUCCUUGUAUUAAUUCCUUUCCCUUUCCUUGUUGCAAUGGCCUUUGUGAAGAGCAUUCGUAAACUUGGACCAAUCAGCGGUGUUGCUAAUGUGACACUACUUGCUGGUUUUUUUGGGCUUCUUGCAUUUCUGUUGAGGGGUAAGCACUAACCGUGUACAACUGCCUAAUGUAGAAUUUCUUUAGUAAAUGAAAAUAUUGUUAGUAGUAGUUGAAUCUCCUGCCAGCUGUAUGCUUUGUGUGGUUACCUUGAUUGAUUUUUCUCAUUACUUCCACAUUAAUCUUGACGCUAUGUGAAAUUAGCAUAAACAUAAAUAAAUAUAAAGUUUAGCUCUAAACAAAAGAUGUAUUUUAUCAAAUUCUUAUCUGAUCUGGUAGGAAAAAAGUUUAAUCUGAAAGAUGUCAGUUAUGCCAGACUGUCCACCUUCCCAAUCUUCUUUGGACAGCUGACGGGAGCUUAUGAGGGGAUAGGAACUGUGAGUGCUGAAUUUUUAUUGUCAAAAAAUUUUUUUUCAACAAAAAACUUAAACUUUUUACUUUGUUGUUAAGCUUAACCUCAUAAUGUUCUUGUUACUUAAAAUUUACAAUAAUUUUGUUAUCUCAGUGUUUGACACAUGAUCACUAUUUGAGGGCAAAUUGGAACCUGCCUUGCCACUCAUUUGGUUUGUGCAUCUCAGUAAUGGGCAUCACAGGUUCAUGUCCUGUGAAUUCUCAAGUUCUUUCCAAGCUAGUUUGAUUAUUUUAAUUUUAAAUUAACUUAUUCCUAUUAUUACUUACUUAGAAGUAUCAUGAACAAAUAUAGAUGUGGGAGAAAAGUGUUAAAUAAAAGAAGAAAAGAUUCUCUGCAUCUCAAUCAGAAAAGGCUCAAGCCAUUGAAAUUUAGUCAAAGAAUUCAUGUCGAUGGCAUGAUAAUUCUGCAAUAUCUAGUAUAAAAUGAACACCUUGAACUCUUUGAGUUACUUAAAAUUAUGUUGUCAAAUUAAAUCCUCUUGUUAUUUGUAGGUAAUACCUAUUGAAUCCAGCAUGGCAGAGAACCGGCGUCGUUUCCCCCUGUACCUUCACAUAGCACUAGCACAAGUCUCUUUCAUUCUUGGUUCAUUUGGAAUACUUGGUUACAUGAUCUAUGGCAGCACUGUUCCGCAGAUUGUAACAGAUAGGCUGCAGACAGGGAUUGGGGCACAGUUAGUGCGGCUCACACUUAUCAUAGCUGUUAUGAUGACCUACCCUCUCCAACUCUACCCAGUUAUUGAAAUUGCGGAGUCUGUUUUAUUCACUAAGAUCCAUUCCAAAAGUAAAUCUCACCUAGGUGCAGUUAUUGCAGGUCCAAGUAUGGAUCCAGAUAGCAAUCCAGUUUCUCCUGUGGACUCUAAUAGCAUUAACUCUCACUAUCCUGUGUCAAACUCACCAGAUGAUUUGUCCACCAGUGUAAAUUCGGAGACUCAAGUUCUUAUUCCAAAGGAGACAGAAGAACUUCAGUUUAAGGUACAGUUGUAUUCAGAGAUAGCCAACUAUCACAUGGAACAAAUUAUGGGCAUUUUUUAACCUGUUUCACCCUAAGAUCAAUAUGCAUAUUCUCCAUACUGUUUUCUAUGAAUUUCCUAAGGUGCUGAUAAGGAGAUUUUGCUUAAAGAACUCCUGUACUUGUUGAUCAUUUCCGUUAUUCUCAUGAUCUUAAUGAUUGAUUUAACCCUUUCACUCCCAAGGUCUAAUUAGUAAUUCUCCUUACUAUCUGCCAUAAAAUUCUUAUGAUGUUAGUCCAGAGAAUUUGGUACUGGAUCAACUAAUAAUCCCAUAAUUGAUAUUCUUCUCUAUUCUCAUCACCUACCUGCUUAAAAUUGUAUUGAUAUUGUAAGGAGAAAUUCUGUCUUGGUCACUUGUUGGAGUGAAAGGGUUAAUUAUGAUAUUGUAAGGAGACUUCUGGGUUUAAGGGUUGGAACAAUUUUCAAAUUGGUGUGUUAAAACAUGGUUUUUCAUUUUUAUUUAAUUGAUGCAGUAGGCUUGUUUUGUGGGACUCAGUUUUAAACAAUAAAAGGGUGUGGUCAUGAAAAAAACCACCCUGUAAAACAUUGAUGCUUAUGGUUAUGUAGAAAAACAUGCACACUCAAGUAAAGCAAUGAUCUCCUCAGGUGAGCUGCAAUUUAAGCAUUUGCAGAAAAGAAGCCAUUAAUUCAGAUGUGAGGCAACAUCCAAGUUUUGUAAUAAGGGCAAAAGCCAAGGGGGAGGCAUUGAAUUGGGACAGGAUGAUUUACUGGCCAAGAGAGUCUUAGACUCCAAAAGAGCAUUGUGAAAUUGACCCAAAAACAGAAUUCCCCCCCCCCCCAACUUUCACUCUCAAGAUCUCAUUAGCAAUUCUUCCUAACAUCUGCCAUAAAAUACUCAUGAUGUCAAUUUGGAGAAUUUGGCAUUGUAUCAACUUGUAGUCCCCUAAUUGAGUUUUCUUCUUUAUUCCUUCACUUGACUGCCCGAUAUUGUAUUGAUGUUGUAAGGAGAAAUUCUGUCUUGGUCACUGAUGGGAGUGAAAGGGUUAAAUUGCAGCUCACCUGAGGGGAUCAGGGUUAAAAUUAACUCCCUGGCCAAAUCUAUUAGCUGUAAUAAGCAUACUAGUAAUAUUAUAAUAUUAUUAUCAUAAUUAUGAUUGAAAACUUUUAACUUGAAAAGACCUUUACUGCAUUAGUCUUACAUCCCAACCACAGUAACUUGUUAUGAGCAUGUAAGGUAUGUUUGGAACUCUUAUUUCAUACUCAAUAAACAGAGAGCUGUUUUCAAGCUUGUUUUAACUGUGCUUAACUUCUUUUGUUUCUCAGGCAGCAACUUGGAAGAGGAAUUUACUUCGUGCAGUGCUAGUAACUAUAACAGCAGGGAUAGCCAUAGCACUCAAGAAUAAAUUUGCCUAUGUGAGUGCUCUGACUGGUUCAUUAGGAAGCUCAGUGUUGGCUUACAUUCUACCAUGCAUAUUUCACAUCGUCCUGUACAAAAACACCAAUUCUGUAGCUGUAGUUAUAAAGGACAUUAUUAUUGUGGUAUUUGGUAUAGUCGGUGGUGUUGUGGGUGUGGUCAUUACUAUUCAAGAUAUGGUCAAGAAUUAAUCUUAGUAAACUGAAACUUGCCUUUCAUCAUCCAGGCUUACAAAUUUAGACACCAACAUUUUACUGGUGGCCAGGGCAACCAAAAUAGUAGCAGCUAGAAGUGUUGUAAAAAUGAGAUAAACAAUUUUAUAACACAAUUCUUUUUUUUUUGUAUUGUUUUCACCAAAAAAUUUUCUCUCGUCAGAAUAUUAAGUGUUAAGAUUUCCCUUGAAACAGCAAAUAAAUUUUUUUUUUUGUGCAACUGAAAUUUAAUUUCUGAUGACUUAAUGACUGAAGGUCAACAAAUAGCAACUUAAAAAAGGGCCUGGAUUGGAAACCUGCUGUGUAAAUCAUAUUGUUCUGAAAGUUGGAAAAAUGUGAAUGUAGGAAUGUUUCAGAGUGUUUCAAAAGAAACAAGCCAUGCAGAUGCUAGAAAACUGUUCCUAACUGUGAUAGGAACUGUCUUUAGUUUGUGCUUUUGUGGUUUGCCCAUGUAUCCCAAUCUUCAGUACGAUUGACCAAAAACACUUUUAACUUUCCCAAAAUAUUUCAGAUGUUCAUGGUUUUUAUGUGCUGAACAGUAAUAACCAACAUGUUAGUUAACUUUUUAACUCCCAGGUAAAAUUUGUAAUUCUCCUUCCUGUCAACCAUACAAUUCUUAUAAUGUUAGUUCAGAGAAGUUAUCAUUGGAUCAACUAAUUUUCCUCAAAUUGAUAUUUUUCAUUAUUCCCAUCACUUAUCUGGUUGAUAUUGUAUUGAUAUUGUAAGAAGAAACUAUGUCUUGGUCACUCAUGGGAGUUAAAGGGUUAAUGGUGAGUCCCUCAGUUUCUUUCUUGUUCACUAAAAUAAACAAAAAUGGCUCAAAAUGAGGAGAACAAUGAUUUAUUUAGUUUAAUUACACUAAUGAUUACAAUGGAAAUUUGGAUAGGAACUAAAACAGAAUAUUUGACUAAAGGAGAUUGCCACACAAGUGUUAAAAUGAUCUACACUAAUUUGCAAAUGUUAUUGACAAGAUUCAUUAAAGAUUUUAUACCUUCAACAGAUUACUUUCAACAUAACAAGGUUUACUUAAGUUUUUAAACAAAUUUAUAGUGUUUUAAUUUAUUUAUAGCUUACCUGUGUACUUGAUUUUAUAAUACACAAUUAUUGUAACACAGACCCAAGGUUUGAUAAUUGAUGAUAUGUGAAAUUGGUUUAUUAUACAUUUUUUUUAAAUGAUCUGCAAAAGCAGAAACUUCUCCCUGAGUUUUCAAAAGUUUGAGAAUACUCUACGGAUGGAGAGCUCAGAAACUUAGCAGACUUUGAACUCAACAUAAUAAAUGCAACAUCUGCUGCAGAAAUUGUAUCAUCAUGUCAACUUCACAUGCUAUUCUGGUGGAGCUCGCAGAUCGUAGCCCCAUAAUUACACAAAAUAGUAGUAACCCAUCAAGGUGAAAAAAUUUGGAUGUAUGAGUGUACAAGUUGGUACUUUUAACAUGCCUCGGCACGCCAACACCACAGCUUUGUUCAGUAAUCCAGUGGUCAGUGCACUGGGCUCCAAGUCAGACUACCCAGGUUCUAGUCCUGGCCAGGGCAAGGUGUUGUACCCUUGAGAUGUGCGGGGAAAAAAUGCGAGCUCCGCUUUUAGGCUUGGCUAAAUCUAUAUAUUAUAUUGAUUAAAUGGUCUCAGCCAAUCAGAUACCCUUUCACUCCCAAGAUCUCAUAAGUAAUUCUCUGUACUGUCUCAUAUGAUUCUCAUGAUGUUAGAAUUUAAUAUUGGAUCAACCAAUAAUCCUCAAGUGAUAUUUUUCUUUAUCCUAAUCACUAGUCUACUUGAUAUUGUAUUGAUAUAGUUAGGAGAAAUUCUUUCUCAGUCACUAAUGGGAGUUAAGGGUUAUCAGCCUUAACAGUAGCACAUAAGUUAACCCUUUACACCCUAAGAUCAGUAUGCAUAUUCUCCAUACUGUUCUCUAUAAAUUUCCUGAGGUGCUGAAAAGAAGAAUUUGCUUAAUAAUCAAGAGCUCCAUUUUCAUUAUUCUUGUGACCUUAAUGUAUGAUUUAGAGAUGAUAUUGUAAGGAGAAACUAGAUGCAAGUCGCUCUCAGGGGUUAAGAGUUAAACUCGACUUUUAAUGGGGCCUCAAGAAAAGCACUUGUUUAGUUUUUAAAAUAUAUAUCUACUAGUUUUCCCUUGGAAAAAUAUUGAAAUAUUUUUACAUAUUUUUAAAUAGAAAGCUUCUGCCAAAAAAACUUAACUGGGGUUUGAUUGUAGCACAUAUAUUUUUACCUGUUUUCCCAUAAAGAAAAAAUUGAUAGAAAAGUUUAGGAAUGAAAUUAUUAUGAAAUACUGAGAGGUUAUAGAGUUAAUUUUAUAGUGAGAAUAUUUUGAUAUUUGUACUUCACAUUACUUAACCUGAGUAGGAUGGAACUCUUUACUGAAUGUUACGCAAACCCCUUCAGCAUGUUACUGUAAGAGAAGAGAUCAUUUGAAACAUUCUCAAUCUGUAACUUUAUUGAAUAAAGGUGUGAGAGGUAG